AUGCGGUUCUCGCCAAUAUCAAUAUCACCAGUGAUGUUGUUCGCCGUCCUCACAGGCCUCGCCGGUUUGGUCGGCACCGCCCAAGCCAGUGUGUCCAACCGCACUGUCCAACCCGUUCAGCCCGCCCAGCCCGUUGACAUCACCCUUGCCUACCCGCGCAGCGAGGCAUACAACACCCUUGGCCGUAUCCCCAUUGUCUUCUCCAUCUCCAAUCCGCAGUACGCCAUCUGGCUCAACCCGCGCAUCGACUUUGCCAUUGGCAAGUACGGCGGUGACUAUCCAUUCGAGGGCCAGUGUCCCGUCUACGCCGACACCCGCAACUUUACCGUCGACCUCUCCAGAGUCAACCUGACGGACCCGGCUACGCCCGACCCCUUGUACGUCUACGCCUUUUGGGAGUGCCUUGACUACGAGGUCGGCGAGUGGUACUUUUCCUGGACCGUCCGCACAGGCCGUGCCCCCGACAAUGCCACCGACUUCCAGUACAACAACAGCGUCACCGACACGGGCGGGUUUGUGUUUGCCACCGUGCACAGCGGCGGGCGCACCAUGGACCUCGUCGAGAACACGAGCAACACGUCUUGCGACAGUGUGCCCUACGAGCACGACUUUCUCGUCGCGGCCAUCGCCGAGGGCUCCUGCAACGGAUCCAUCACAGAUUGGCCGGGCUGCGCCGUGGUCGCCAACGACACGGGCGCGUCCAUUGCGGCCGCUGUGCCCCCACCUCCGUCCAGCAGCAUCUGUGGCGGCAGCAUCAGUGCGUCCAUUGCCGAGACGAUCAACAACACGCCGCGGUUUAUGGGCACGUGCCCCGUGCUGCCCAUUGCUCACAUCGAUUGCCCGCCCUCGUUGACAGUCCAGGACAUGGGCACGGCAGCGCUGCCGUCGGCAACCCAGCCCGGAAGCAAAUCGGGCGCCGUACCAAGAAUGCCGCUAGACGUCCUCGGUACAAUGGCGGUUGCCGUCGUAGCGGUUGCUCUCCGUGAGGCUGUAUAG